AUGCAAUUUUGUGUGACAAUAUGGCCGAACCAGCUCUCAUCACUGGUCUCUGUCAUGCUUGCGCUGGCUGCUCUCAUUGCGGGUUCAUACUGCACGCUCUUGCCCUUCGUCGGCUUCUUCAUCCGGCUCACAAAAAGCGUCGUUCUCAACGACGCGCUCACUCUGUUUUACGCCGUCGUCUACUGGGCGCCCUUCUCGUUUGUCAUGAACGUCUACGCGCGCCUCUUCCUCUCGCACAAGGUGGCAACCUUCCGGAAUGCCCGCCCCUCCUUCGUCAAGAAGAACGCCUACAACUACUCGUCCGACACCGACAUCUUCUACUCCAAGGAUUACUCCGACCUGGACGACUCGUUAGAAGAAUGGGGCACCGUCGAGUACCUUCCCUUUGUGUACAACGCCGUCCUCAACAAGUACAAUACCCGACUCAACUUUAAGCAGGACCUGCACGGGCCGCUGCUUGAUCUUGUCACCCAUUCGACCGACGACGAGUUCCGCGUCCUCGACAUCGGACCUGGGACGGGCAACUCGACGAUGGACAUCUCGUCCGCACUGCGCAACGCGUGCGUCUGCUGCCUCGACAUCUCGGAGCGGCUGCUCAAGAUGUGCAAGGCGCGCAAUCCGCACGCGUACUGCUUCAAGGGCUCGAUGGAGGACACUCUCUUUGAGGAUGACUCUUUCGACGUCGUCUACAACUUUGGCGGCAUCAACGAGACCGACAUCGACAAGUCGCUAGCUGAGACGUGGCGUAUCGCCAAGCCCGACUCACUGAUCGUGCUCGCCGACGAGAACUUCGACGCGACCUCAUGGCUGAGGAAGCUGUGGGUGGUGUUCAUCUCCAACCUGACCUUCAUCCACAGCUACUACUGGGACAUGACCGCCUCGCGCCAGCCCAAGCAGCCCUUCCCCAAGAUUCGCAGUUGGCUCAAAUCGCAUGCGGGUGAGUACGAGGUGCUCUACGACGGAGUCAAGCCCGGCCUGUUCUUUACAAUGGUGAUCCGCAAGACCUCGGCCAAGACUCGCAAGCGCGGUCCCCAGCCUGCCAUCCCCGUCUUCCGCCUAGUCGACUCUGGCACUGUGAUGUGAGGCUUCGGCCGCUGUGCGUUGCUGUGCGAAAGUAGACGAGGAGAGGCGUGGCGCGCACAUGGACAGCGCUCGCUCUUUAGUCUGUCUACUUUGUUUACUAUCCCAUGUGUGAACAAAAAACAAUGUAUUUUACAUACUUCUU